AUGCCAGCUCUUACUCCCGAAGAACUGCUUCCGCUUGCCGUUAGCUACUCCUCUACGAUGGCUGCGGUUCAUCAUCAACAACAGCAGCAGCACGGGAAUGACCAAACACAACAAACAACCAAUACAACCCCAAGUCACAUCAAUAAGAAUAUCAGCAAUGAUGAAACGAGUUUUCAGCAGUCCGAAGAUGACGGUCAGUCUCGUACAGAUUUGGCGAGGACAAUAUCCGCUCUUCCCAAUAAUCAUCAACAGCCAAUAGAGAAGGUAUCGAUUCCAAAUCUGCCUACCUUUUUUACACCUUGCCUGCUGAAAAACCAAACUUCUCCGAUCAUUCACUAUGACAGGGAUAGGUCCAUGAUCAUUACAUGUAAAUAUACACCACAAAACUACAAGACUUACAUCUCUCUUCCACUUAAUAAGGACGACACAGUGUAUUGUGUAAAAGUUGCCAUGACAACUUCAGCAGUCCCUCAGUUGGAAACAGAUGCAGAAAUUGCUCAAUACUUGCAAAAACAUUUGGAGCAAACAGAUAUUGUGCCGCACGUUUUUACAUACAUUAGUGAUUAUUUGAUACUGGUUCGGGAGUUUGUGAAUGGAGUCUCGUUUCGACAUUUCAUUGACAACAACUCGGAACUGGACUUGGUGAAUUGCGAUUCAACUCUGAGGCAAACGCGUCUUGAAAGAAUACUCGAGAUUGCCAUACAGAUGUGCAGUGCUAUUGAUCAAAUGCAUGUUGCACGAGUUUGUCAUUGCGAUUUAAGACCUGAAAAUUUGAUCUAUGAUAUUGAACACUCGUGUGUGAAAUUGAUAGAUUUUGGCCAAGCCGUUUUUCUACCUCUGAAUAAUCCUUAUAUUUUCACAGAUCGACCUGUUGGAUCAUUUUUGUACAUGCCGCCCGAAGCAACAGGAAAAAUAUCAAAACCUCUUGGAUUUCAUUGUGACAUUUACAGUUUUGGAUUUGUUUUAUUUGAAAUGUUCGCGAAAGAGCAUCCAUUCAAAACUGGCUCUAACAACAAAGUGAAAAGCACAGCCGAUUACAUGUACUAUCAUAUCACACAACAACCAGAAUCUUUGGUCAAUGUUUUAAAGAGGAAAAUUAUGUUAAGUGAUGAUCAGGCGGAUCAAUUGUUCGCACAAUCCAUUCAUGCCCUAUCUCUAGUAAUUUCAAUGAUGGUUAGAAAGCCCAUAGAGAAACGGUAUAUCAGCAUUGAGGGUGUGAAACAAGAUCUGAAAUGGAUCCUUCAACACAUUCAAACGAAUGAUCUUUCUGCACUAGCCAAUUUCACUCCAGCACAGUUUGACAUUCAAACAACGAUCAAUAUUCCAUAUGUGGUGUACGGUAGAGAGGAGAUGAUUCAACAUCUCUACGGAGCUUUGAAAGAAAUGGAAAAUUCUUCCCUUCCAAAAUUAAUUCUGGUUCGAGGUUAUAGUGGGAUUGGAAAAUCUUGUUUGGUGCACGAAUUUAGAAUUAAAUAUCAUGAGUUCAUCAUUGAGUCAGUGCUGGGAGAAUCAGAACAAUUCAUCACGGAGUUUACUUCCCAAUUGACUUCUCUACUGGGACGCAUCCAAAUUGAAAUGCUUUGUAACAGUGUUCCCAAUUUUUCAUGCUUACUUCCUGCCCAAAAACGAACCAAUGGUAUGACACAGCAAGUUAGAGAAGAUACCAUUCAAAUGUUUGCACAAGCAGUCAUUUUUUUAAUGCAAGUGUUUAGCCAAAAGAAAAACAAGCGGUUAUGCAUUUUCUUAGACGAUUUACAAUGGACUGACUUUGAGAGCAUGAAAUUACUGAAGGAAAUGAUUGGGUUAGGAAGUUGUGAAACCAUACCAUUUCUCUUGAUUGGUGCUUUUCGAGAUAAUGAAGUAUAUGGAAGCACUCUUCAUCCACUACAGACAUUUAUUGAAUCGAUUCGGCCUUUAACGUCAAUCACAGAAGUGGAAGUUAAAGAAUUAACAGAAGAUUCAUGUAAUUUAUUGGUAGCAGAGUCAUUGAAGCGAUCACUUCAAGACACAACAAAUCUCACAAACAUUUUGUUCUCCAAAACAAAAGGAAACCCAUUCUUCUUGAAGCAGCUUCUUGCAUCCUUGUUUGGAGAAGGGAAAAUAUAUUUCAAUAGGAAAUUGAAUCAGUUAACAUGGAGUAUUGAGGACAUUGAAAAAGCACCUUAUGCAUUGAAUGUGGUAGAUUUUUUACUAUUACAACUCAAUAAUUUACAAGUUGAAACUAGAAAAGCGUUAGCAUUUGCCUCGUGUAUUGGUAACAGUUUCUCGUUAAGUCAACUCUGUGAUUUACUGAAUUCCAAGCAGAUGGAAUAUUCAAUCUUAGGUUUAAAGGAUAUUGUUGCACAGGCCAUAACACAGGGAUGGAUUAGUUACGUUGACUCUCAUACUUUACAAUUUAAUCACGAUCGGUUACAACAAGCUGCCAAUGAAUCAGUUUCAGAGAAUACGAGAAAUUAUAUUCAUUACUCAUUCGGAAAGUAUUUGUUAAAACACAAGUCAGACAAAUCAUUGGAUGAAAUUAUUUUUGAUAUUGUUGCGCAUCUAAACUACCGAGCUAAAGACUCUAAAAUAAUUGAAAGAGAGGACAAGCGAAGAUUACUUUUGGACUUGAACACUAGAGCUGCUAAAAAAGCAAUUACAACCUGUGCUAUGGAGCAAGCUCAAUCUUUUGUCAGAACAGCCAUGGAUUUGUUGCAAUAUGAGACUGAUAUUUGGGAAGGUCCACUUUAUAACACAGCAUUUGAUCUCUUGAUUGCUCGAGGAAAUUGUGAAUAUGUUAAAAAUAUUGAAUUGGCAAUAGAAACAUUCAAUUCCUUGAUUCAAAAGUCAAAAACUAGAUCUCAUCUCUAUGAGGCGUGUUAUUACACGUCUAUGGCAUAUGUAGCGCUUGGAGAGUUUGAAAAAGUGUUCGACAUGUUCAAGAAUCACAUUUUUCCAAUCCAUGAUGAACUCAAAUUUUUAUCCUUCCAAGUGGAUGAAGAGCAAUUGAAAACGUUUAUAUUCAACAAAAUGAACCACUUGAAACAUGAUUUAUUACAGACUUUCAAAUCAAAGCAAGAUGUGUUAGAGUUGCCUGAUAUGUCCGACCUUGAACAAAUGAAUUUUAUCAACAUGCUUGGAAUGAGUAUUCCAGCUAUAUACGUGAUGAAAGUUCCAUUUAGUCCCUAUAUUUACAUGAUCACAUUACUGGUUUCUACAGAAACUGUUUUGCAGUAUGAGGAGGCUUUUUUGGUUACGUUAAAAGCUGGAAACAAAGAUGUUGGCGCUUUUGUGAUAUUAUUCUAUCCAUAUUUUCAUUUCUUUGAAGCCAAUGGAGACAUGAAAACCUCAAUUAGCUUAAGCUUAAAAUCUAUCGAGCUAUUCAAACAAAUGGGAAACAUUGGCAUGAUAGAUGCAGGAAUGAUGCAAUUGGAAAUGAAACGAGUACUAUGUGGUGAAAGUGAAAAAUUUGAGCCUGCAUACUGUAUGGACGUCUUGAAUCAACCAUUUUUUUCCCAAUUUCAUUACGUGUUUAAAGGUAUUUCGUACUACUUUCAGAGAAAUAUCACCGAAGCCUUUGAUGCUCUCGAGAAGGCUUAUGAAUUGAGAGCAAGUACAGAUUCAUUGGAUGAAGUUCUUGAACGAUGUGACACUCUCAUGGAAUUUGCAUUACAAACGAUGGAAAAACUUUCUCAAACCAAUCCAUUGCUAUACCAAUGUUGUUAUGAAUUGCUAAAGGCAGAGACUUUAUACUGCAAAAAUGUUAGAUAUAGUACACAAUCCGAUACCAGAGAAAUCAUUUCAUCUCUCAAUAGAUGCCUUAAACAUGCCUUACAAGAUCGAAAUUUAUUUAUUUUGAAAUUGGCAAACUGGAGGACGGGUGUCUUGUAUAAAAAUUUAGGAAUGGAGGACUGUGUGAGCGGAAGGUAUUUUUCAUUGGCCUACGAUCAAUACAAUACAAUGGGUAUUACUGUCAUGGCUACUCAUAUUUGGGAAAAUUAUAGAACACAGAUUGAGGAAUAUUAUCGUCAAGUGUCCAAUCAAAGUGUGCCUAGCUCAGUACUACUGGAUACAUCAGAGACUCCAUCUUCGUAUGACGAAGCUUCAUUGUAUUCGUUAAACACUUCUCUGAAAGCAAGUAAUGAUUUGGAUUUGAAAGAAAUAUUUAUUUCUGUUCUUCCAUUGCUCAGGGAGCAAACCAACUCUUCGCGAUGUUGUUUAAUAUUGAAAAGAAAUUCCAUUCUAUAUGUAGAUGCUGAAUCUACGGAGAUUGAAGUGGACGACGAGCAUGUUGCAACUGUCAAGCCGUACGAGCAUUUGAGAUUGGAUCAAGUACCGCACGAAUCAAUGCUUCCUUUGAAACUAAUUUACAGAACGUUGAGAACAAAAUCAGAGCAAAUCUAUCCCACAGAAGGAAUUGAAAAGGUUGAGAUUUAUUUUGAAAAGAAUCAAGUCAGUACUGCCAUGUGUGUACCAAUAAUUCGAGAUCGGUCCUCAAUAGGUUGCAUUUAUUUGGAACAGAAGAAAAUUAACCAUGUGUUUUCUAUGGAAACAAUCAAAAUUGCCAAAUUAAUCCUUUCCAUCAGCAUGGAUAAUGUUGAAAUCUUUAGCUCGAUUAACAAGUCCUAUGCUCGAUUUUUACCUUCAGAAUUUUUAAAAAUUCUAGGAAAGACACAUGUCACAAAGGUAGAAUUAGGAGAUGCCAUUUCUAAAGAAAUGACGGUCCUUUUCGCAGAUAUUAUGGGAUUUACAGAGCUAAUGGAAAACUUCACCGCAAAACAUGGAUUUCGCUUCAUCAAUCGACUCCUUAUUGAGUUGGCUCCUCCUGUUCGAAAAUUCGGUGGAUUUAUUCACAAAAUUCUUGGAGAUGCAAUCGUGGCACUAUUUUCUGAUGCUCAAUCUGCCGUCAAUGCAGCAAUGGACAUGAUAUCUAAUCUUGACAAUUUUAAUAGGAACAAUAUGAGUAACAUCAAAAUUGGAAUAGGUCUCUCUAAAGGACUUUUGAACAUUGGAACUAUUGGUUAUGAUUACCGAUUGGAUAGUACUAUCAUUUCUGAUACAAUAGCUAUCGCUGAUUGGUGUCAAACCAUGACCAGACUUUUUCAUUCAUCCAUUUUGGCUACUGAAAAUGUGGUCAAAUCCAUGUCAAGCGACGAUGACACUUCUAAAAAGACCAUUGUUACCUAUGUUGGAAAGUUUGUUUUCAAAGAGAACGAACCUGCAUGGAAUUUACAUGACAUCAAAUCGAAACAUUGGAAACAUGUUUGUUUUGAGACUGCUCAUGAACAAACACAUCUCUCUCAAAUGAUCUCAUCAUUUCAGAGCAGAGAUUUUACAACGUGCUCACACUUGGCAGGUAAAUUGGUAAAAAGUAAGAGCUCAUUUGCGGUAGCCUUGAGUAGAAAAUAUUUGGAAAAUUGUUCGCUAAAUACCAACGAGCCAUUGUCUGCAAGUUGGAGCGGAGAAAUUAGGUUGUCCUAA